CCCUGCACUUCUUUGGAAAACGCAGCCAGCAUGGGAACCUCGGUUCCCAGUACAGUUGCGAUUUCCAGUGCGGGCGGCGUGCCAUUAGAAUUAAUGGCACCCACCAGCAGGUCCACAUUCCUCUGUGCAGGUGGUGCCGGAUUUUGUGCGGAUCCGCAGCGGCACCACCCGCACAGAUGUGAAUCAAGCCGAGGGGUGAGCAACUGUGGCCCUCCAGCUGUUGGCGAACUACAAGUCCCAUCAUGCCUCUGCCUUUGGGAGUCAUGCUUGUAACUGUCAGUUUUGCAAUGCCUCAUGGGACUUGUAGUUCUACAAGAGCUGGAGGGCCACAGUUUCCCAACCC